ACAAAGUGAACCGCUUGCCAAACACCGCGAAGGUGAAGAGAAAAUCUUAGGAAGCACCCGGAAACAACAUGCAGAUUCUAGCCCGAACACCUACGUCCGGUUCUUGCUAGGGUGCAGCGAGUGCAACCGUCGUCAUUGACGCUGUUGUUUUUUUCUGUUUCGUCGCCAUCGUAAUCGUAUGUUAAUGAGUUUCUUCGUCUCUGGACCGUACAGCGUAGUGACUCGCCUGCUGCUGCUAGACAGGUGCGACAAAUACUGACGGCUGUGUUACCCAAUUCGAUAAAUAAGUGCUGGAUUUGCUCAAGUCUGGAAAAAUUAGUUAGCCGAAUUGCCCGAAUGUCAAUCGGUUGUACCUAACUAUGUGGUCGAUCAGAACUCAAGAAGUCUAGAGGAGGAAACCAUAGAAACCGAGAAGCGAUCUCUAGUCCUUAGAGGACCGUAAAUUUACGCUACAUUACGCGCAACGACGAUAUCGUCUAGGUGUAUCGGAGCUUUUACUAGAAUAGCAAAAACAAAUCAUGAACGGUAGUAAUAACCGCGGUGCUCAUGGCAAGGACUCCACCAAGCGGUUCUCCAUACAUGACGCAUUUGAGGAAGAAACGGAUGAGGUAAUAAAGGUGUACGGCUCGACCGUCAUCAGCACACCUAUGCGAGCCAAACCUCGAUCCCCGGAUGAUGUGUCGAUAAGAAUACACGAUCAAAGCAAUAGCCGGAGUCUAAAAUACACCGAUGAUACCACCUCCAGGGAUAGCGACUCGUUAAUACAGGAGUACGGUCAUCUUUCGUCAAGCGAAUCGUACACGUACUGCUGGCGUCAUCCGAAGGUGCGGGAAAACUGGCGCACCGUUCUGGCGGCAAUCGCACUCCUUCUCAUCGGCACCGGUCUGAUCGCGAUGGGAGCGUACGCCCUGGUAGAACCGCACAAUGGGUCGCAGGCGGCCGUCUUCUUCGUAGCCGGAUUUAUCUGCUUCGUUCCGGGCGCUUACCAUGUCGUGUACAUCUGGUUGGCGGCCCGAGGAUACCGCGGAUUCGACUUUUACCAUCUUCCGCUGUUCACGUAAAAGCUAACGGCACGGAAAGACAACGACAACAGGCGUUUCUUCGUCAAACGCACGAUCAUCACCCUAUGUGUAAGACGGUAAACUUAUGCAGCAUUAUAGUAACAUUGAAAUCAUGUUUGUGAAUAAUUAUUUGAUUAAUAACAUGAUGCUUCCUGGCAGCUGAGGGACUUAGUUUUUCUUAAAUAGCUUAUGCACCAGGAAGUGUAGGGAAGCAGUAAUAGCAGUACACCAGGAAGUAUAGGGAAGCUCUACAGAAACUCGAAAUUCUCUAACGAUAGGGGAUCGCUUUUUUAUAUCAAUUGUUUAAUCAACACAUUCCUGAAAAAAACCGGCAUAGAAAUUGAACAAACAUUUAUGAGCUAUCUUUUUACAAUAGUAUUACCCCUGAAAAAGUCCACCAUACUGUAGGCCAGAAUAGGAAGAGAUUCUCACAACAAAGACUAGUUCUUAUGACGUUUGGCUGAUCGUUUCUUAAACCGAACAAGAGCAAAACUUAUCAUUGGAAAUCAAUCGUCAAGUUACUGUUGCGUGGAUACACAUUAACAUGUUUUGAUACGCGUAAUGUUGUUGUUAGGACGAAAAGAAGCGAACCUUUCUCGCGUAUCUUAUAUUUUCCUUGCUAAUGAUGAAGCUCUCCAAUAUGCGGCCCAAAUGCGAUUCUUCUAACCAAAAUGCGUGCCAUUGUAUAUCUAUUUCUUUGGUCGGGAGUAGCAGAUGUGUUUACAAGGAUUAGUGUGAAAACAAUCUCUACAGGGGUUGUAAUAACUAGGACUUGGCUUACAUGAAUCGUGUAUUUAAAAUCGGCAGUUUGACGUGAUAUUAUACAAUACAAAAACUACACGCCCAACCGGUCAGUGGCGUGUCAUUAAUAUAUCCGUUAAAAUUCUCCUUUGCAACGAGGAAUUCUAGAAUGUAGUGCAACCUACAGAAAAAAAACUCUACAUACACUAGCUGGUAAAGUUUGUUUUCUUUCGUUCCACCAAUCAAAAUUGUUUCUUUUAAAUUUUACAGGCUUUUUGGCUACACAGUUCAAUCGUGUAUAAUAAUGCAUAACAAUAAUAAUACACCCAAAACAAAAACAUAUAAUAACAAUUAUAUCCAUCAACUAUGUAAUCACAAAGCGCAAUUGGCUUUUAUAGAUCGCUUUAUACUGUACACAGUUAUAAUUCCGACCGUGGAUAAGGUCACAUGAGCAGAUGGAUUGGCUAUUAUAUUCAGAAUGGGAUAGUGAUGCUGGUGCAGGUACCACUGGAACCAAUUUUGCUAUCACAAUGAUUUACUCUUGUUAGGCAAAAAUUUAAAAACCAACACAAAAGAGCUCUCUUCAUUGCCGGAAGCUUAUAAAAUGAUAGAUAACAAGUAUCUUCCUGAGGGCGUUUUUACUGCACACAAACCGGUUAGUAAGUGAUAGUGGUUUUCACUGAUUCACGAUCGAGCUAGCAGUUCAGAGUCCGCACGUGUAAUUCAUACGAUCCCGUAUACUAACGGUUUCGAUAAAUGAAAGCAAUGGUGCACCUUAUGAACACCUACUAGGUUAGCAGCGGUAUUACGUCUAAAGGAAACGUGGUCACCGUAGGUGCCGUCACAGUAGGUACUCCACCGAGCAACAGGCAACCGUGUGACAAUUAAUUCGAACCCGUUAACUUCUUGUGAUAAACUAGUGAUACAGACUAGUGAAAAUCAAAAUCAAGAUGGCCAAGCAAAAAGCGUAGCAUACGAGCGAAAUGAAAGCGGCAAUGGGGCUUGUAGUAGUAGGAAAAAGUUUACUAACCAAGUUAGGGAAUCAUUUGUACGUAAUUUUCAGCGGAUCGGAUCCGAUCCGUUGAUAGUGCACUCAACUUUUUUUCAUUCAGCUCAUUACAGUACAUUAUAAAUAGUAUUUAUAAAUCAAAUAGUUAUGCAUUGCUAAUCGCUCGUAUAUGUUUUGCGGGCAUACUCAUGUUUAACGAUAAGCCACUAUUCUCAACCCCUCAUUUUUGGCGCAUGGAGAGACGAUCAUAGAAGAACACAUAAAAGAUUGUACCAUUUGUGGAAGUGGAACAAAAUUUGCGAUCGAUUUGUGUAGGAGGGAGUUAUAUUAAAUAAUAAAAAAAAAUACUUAUACAGAUCAAAUUAUUGACUGAGCUUUAACUAUAUGUUCCGAUUCGUACGGAAUUUUGAGCAUGACGAGUACGCGAAUUGAUUUCGAAGGAGUAGGGUUCGGAACGGGCCAAUGCACGUUGGUAUGCACGAUUUUGUAUGUAAAAUUAAGAAGCACUUCAAACUCCAAUUAACUUUUGUACAUCAAUUGGAACUGAAGAAGCAAUGUGGGCAACAAUGGUAGGGAUUAACGAAUCUUAUUCUAGGCCCAGGAAAAUGAACUAACAGUCACUUCUAAUGAGAAAUUAAUAGCAAUCCUUACACGACACAACCAUACGAAAAAAUAAAACAAAAA